CAAGAGUAAAUAAAUUUCUGCUCAUAGGAACGUUCAUUAAUGUCCAGCCGAUGCCUUUGAACAUGUCUGAAAAUAUGCAGAGCCUCUAUGGAGGAGCUAUUCAAUGUCAUAUACCGGAAAAUUUUUUCGAUCUGAGCGAUAUUCUCCCUGUUCCUGAUCAUCAGGAAGUCUUUGUUCACCAUAUAGGGAAUGUAUACGAUAAUGAUGAUAUAUGCAACAAAACCCGUGACGCUAUAUUGUCAUUUGAGAUAAUAGAGCAGAUCAGUAGGGAUGGAGAAGAUUUGGCGAGGAUUAUUUUAAAAGAUCUGGCACGCUGCAACGAAUCCGUACAUCAUAAGCUUCUUACAUACGCGCCACUGGCCUUAAAAGACGCAGACAGUACUCACCCGUUAAAAGGCAUUUUGGUUACAGGCAUUAUGGAUGUCAUAAAAGGAAACGUCCAUUACAAUGGAAUUGUAAUAUCGACCUCGAUUUUUAUAUAUAUAUUACGGCUACCAGAGCACCGAGCGGACAUUUUAGUGAUAUACCAAUUUCCAGUAGAUAUAACUACAGAUACGGAGCGCGAACUCAAAGCCUUCCAAGAUAUAUUGAAGACCCUUAGAAUUGUAGAUAGAAGCUUAUUUGCACACCGCAUACCAACUUAACUACAAU